ACAACAGCAACCAUGAGCGCAAGAGCUCCGGCGGACGACGUCAUCUCCAUUUCGUCCUCGCCUGACUCCGAUUCUGACUGCCAAAUUGUGAAAGUCGUUCCAUCGCCUGUUAAACGAGGCAAGAACAGAUCGACGAGAUGGAAGAGGCAGCCUUCCACAAACAAGACGAACAGACAGCCGGCUAUGACGGAUCGCAGAGGCAGGGAGAUGAAGAUUCGCCAGCGCGAACAGGCGGAUGAUAGAGAUCGACUUCGCACGAAAACGGCAUCGAGGGCACAUGGAAAGUGGUUGAAUGAGGACUCGAUGGAAAGACGCAGGGAUGAUGUUUGUCAUGGUGCUCUCCAGGGUACGAAGCAGAGGAUUGUCAAGGACGGUCACUUGUCUCUUAUGGGAGAAGAUGCCCAAGCGAGCCGUCGGCAUUGUGUCGAUCCGAAGCUGUCAACCGCAUCAUUUCCUUUCUUGUCCCAUGGCGUGGAAUGCAAACAGGAAGUUCGGCACCAGGGAGAUGAUAGUUGGGGUGUGCGUUCGCGGUCUUGCUCCACGGUGACCCUCGACUUUUCUCCCAGGAUGUCCGCGGUUCAAAUCGAAGACGAUACGGAGCUGAGAAGAGAUGAACAGGAGAUGUUUAGCAUGUUCGAUGGGUCCUCCGAAACGAUCGACUUGGUUGAUGCCGCACCACGCUGUCCAGUGUUGAACCCUGAAGGAGCCGUGUCAUCAAGCAGCGCUGACCCUACGCCAUCUCUAAAGUCUACUAGUAUACUGAAAGACGAGUUGGAUGCAACUAGGGCUCGGUUGACAAGAAAGCGUCGAUCCCGUCGCGAAUCCCCUGCAAAUGAUGAUCCAUUCAGAUCGACAGACGGGUCGCAACAUCGCAUAGGCUCCUGGUUGAAGGCUCACAAAGAUCGCCAUCAGCUAGUACCGCGAAAAAGAAGUGGUCCGAUAUGGGAUACAAUCGUCAACGUUACUGCAUUCGACGCUUUGCCAGGGCCAUUCUUUACUCGGCCGAAAAACGUGAUGCGUGACCUCACGCAUAAGGACGCCAUGAAAGAGAGGGCGAAGAGGAGGAGGAAGCAAGGGCUCAAUGUGUGA